GGGUCCUGUUAAACUGAUGAUCCCCACUCCAGCCCCCGAAAUUACGAAUCCGAAAAGGAACGCCCGCCGAUAGGGGGCGGUAAUACCCCGAUAAGUUAAUGAUUGAACGCCAUUAAAAAAGAAGAAGAAGAAGUGGGUUGUGACAGUCAAAGGUUGAACGCCAUUCAUUGAGGCUACCGGUUCCCGGUUAAAAGAUCCAAAAGUAGAAUGGUGAAGAUAUUCGUGGGGAACCUCCCGCGGGAGGCGGACCAGGAGGAGAUCGAGGCCCUCUUCAAAGAGCAUGGCACCGUCACCGAGUGCUCCAUUAUCAAGAACUUCGCCUUUGUCCACAUGGAUGACCGCAAGGCGGCCGUCAAGGCCAUCAAGACCCUGCAUCUGCACAAGCUCCACGGCUCCCAGAUCAACGUGGAGGCGAGCCACGGCAAGAACCAGGGUGCCGUGAAGCUGCACGUGGCCAACGUGGACAAGGGUGAUGACGGGGAGCUCCGCACGCUGUUCGAGGAGUACGGCAGUGUGUCGGAGUGUGCCGUCGUCAAGAACUUUGCGUUCGUUCACAUGUGCAACUCGGAGGAGGCCAUGGAUGCCAUUAAGGGUCUGGACAACACAGAGUUUCAAGGUAAACGUAUACACGUGCAGAUCUCCAAGAGCCGGCCAAGGCACGAGGAACAGGACGACUACCCGCCCCCACCCCAGGAGGGAGGCUACUGGCCGCCACACGGGAUCGUUCCGCUCGCCAGAUGCUCUCGGCGCUCUUCGUUUCCCCAGCGACGGUGGAGCGCGUUUCGUUCCCCGCUCUCAGGAGGAACCGUCGUCCUCGUCUCCUUUAUGGAUUAUAUUUCAUUUGUAAUUUUAAUUAUAACAUUCUGGAGCAGAUUUCAUAUUUUUAAUCGAUUCUAUCUUUGUCACUGUGCUGUAGUCGUUUUAACAGUCUAUGGCUAUAGGUCGUUUUUUAUUUUGUAAGAAUUACGUUAAUUAGUGUUCUACUAUUGUGUGUGUGCCAUGGGAAGCUUUUUUAAAAGCGUCACUUGUUUUGGAGGUUCUAUUUGGUAUCGAACGUACGCACUGGGUCCAUCUGCUGGGCCAUCCCGUUCCAACGGCGUAUAACAGCUUGGUAAACUUCUGCUGUGACUUAAAUAUCACAUCGUCUGUAAAGAAAGAAUACCGAAAUGCGAUUUUAAAGAAAAAUGUCGCCUCCUUUGUUGGAAAUGGUUUUCAAUAAAGGCCUCAUACCGUGAUCCCGAUGUUCUUGAUACUUCAGUCGCACGUUUCUUUAUAAUAUAUUCGUCGACUAACGUCGCUCCCUGCAUAAAAUGUCUGAUCGCCAUUAAACCCUGUAUACCGACUAACUGUCCCAUUAAAGGGUCCCGCUUCCACCACCAGGUAUGACGUUGGUCAGCCACUUCAAGGCGAAAUGUACCCUAGUGAGUGACGCCACACGUGGGUGUGUCCACGGUCAGAUUGUUUGGUGGGUAGGUCAGCAUGACCAGUUAGUAUGGCCCACUGGGUGUUGCUGAUCUAUCCCUCAUACGUCUGGGUGGUUGGUCUCAUGUGUGACGUCGCACUGGGGUA